AAGUGAUUCGAUCAUCAGUUUAUUAAGUGUUGUUAACCGAGCUUGACCAACAAACAAGGUUAAGCGGAAUAAAUAAAAAUCGAAAAGAAAACGAAGAUUUAUACGGAAAAAGUGCCGUUUACGUCUUGUGUAAGAUUUACUGAAAAUAGUGCCAGUUUACGUCUUUUGUGAAUUGAACAAAAAAAAAAAAAAGAAUCGAUUGAAGCGAUUAGGAAAUGGCUCCAAACGCGACUAACGUUGAAUGCACUGGUGUGCUAAACGAGCAAGAUGCUGAAACGAUUGAUGGUGGACUAGCAAGGGAUAUAGCUCCAUUGAUAAAAACGCAGCAACGACCCUAUAAAUUGGUCUGGCGAAAUAUUAUUGCAUUUACCUACGUUCAUAUAGCUGCUGUAUAUGGGCUGUGGUUAUUGUUGACCGCUGCUAGAUUUUAUACCAUCAUAUUCGCCCUCGUCCUGUAUACCAUGUCUGGAUUGGGCAUAACAGCCGGUGCUCAUCGAUUAUGGGCACAUCGAUCGUACAAAGCAAAACUACCACUUCGCAUUUUGUUAGCCGUUUUCAACACGAUUGCAUUCCAAGACUGUGCAUUGCACUGGGCUAGAGAUCAUCGUGUCCACCAUAAAUAUUCGGAAACAGAUGCAGAUCCACAUAAUGCGACUAGAGGCUUUUUCUUCUCGCACAUCGGAUGGUUGUUGUGUAAGAAACAUCCCGAAGUUUUAGAGAAAGGAAAGGGACUGGAUAUCUCCGAUCUUCAGGCAGAUCCAGUACUAGUGUUCCAACGAAAAUAUUACAUGAUUUUGAUGCCAUUGGCCUGCUUUGUAAUUCCGACAAUGAUUCCAAUUUAUUUGUGGAACGAAACUUUGGUCAAUUCCUUUUUCGUUGCGACUAUGUUCCGCUGGACCUUCAUUUUAAAUGUAACUUGGUUGGUGAACAGUGCCGCACACAAAUGGGGAGAUAAACCGUACGAUGUCAAUAUCAAUCCGUCACAAAAUCCAUCGGUGGCCGUAUUUGCAUUCGGCGAGGGUUGGCACAAUUAUCAUCACGUUUUCCCGUGGGACUACAAGACAGCAGAGCUCGGUAACUAUCGCCUCAAUCUUACCACAGCGUUCAUCGACUUUUUUGCUAAAAUUGGUUGGGCCUACGAUUUGAAAUCGGUUUCCGAGGAAAUAAUCAAAACGAGAGUUAAUCGAACCGGCGAUGGAUCGCAUCCGACUUGGGGAUGGGGAGACAAGGAUCAGGAUAAAAUUGAAGUCGAUAAUGCGAAGAUAACGCAUCAAGCGAAAAAGAAUCAUUAAAGUGUUUGGGUUGUUUAAUGUGAAAAUGACUGAGCGAAUGUGUGUGAGUGAGUGAGUGAUAGAGAGCAGUAUUUAUUUAGAACUUAGAACUAUUGUUAGACCGAGUUUUUGUAUGUACAUCCUAGUCAUUGUUACAUCGCAGUAUAAACACUUAUGAAAACAGAAUUGACUUGUUCACAGUAUUUGGAAAUAUUUUUGUAAUUGAACCAAUUGUAGCCAGUGAUUUUAUUUUUCAUUUUAUUUAUUAUUUUCUAA